CACAACUUAUCGCAACACCCUUUAUUUAUCUUAUCGAGAUUGCAACGCAACACGCUUUAGUUAAAUUUAAUUAAUUCAAUUCACGUUUUAAAAUGGCUGUGCUACCACCUGAUCCUGUAUUCAGUUUACGCUGCCCUGACAUGGGCGCCGUCAACUCCAUAUGUUUUCAUGAGAGCGAGCGCCUGCUGGCGGGCACCCUCAAAGGCAGAGUAUUUCUCUGGGAUCUACAGACAAACCGCUCGUCGCUGAACUUUGAGGUGGGCAACGCGCCAAUUACGAAUCUGCAUCACACCAAAGAGCAUCUGAUCACGCAGGAGAAGGGUGGCACCAUCACCAUGUACUCCAUUAGCAGCAACAGCUAUGUGAAGGAGCGCAGCACACCGGGCAAUCAUUUGGGCUAUUGUCGCACAGCGCUGCACAUAAAUCCCAACAAUACAAACGAACAGUUACUCUUCUAUCCGUGUGAGGAGACGGCAAUUGGUGUGCUGCAUGUUACGGAUCCGGCAGCGCCUACACAGAUGCUAAUACCGGAUGAUCCACAAUUGGCCAAGCUGGGCAGCGUUACUUGUUUUAAGCCCUUCGAGUGCGCCUCACAGCUUUUUCUGCUCGCCGGCUACGAGUCCGGUCAUUUCCUCACCUGGGAUCUUAGCAGCGGUGUUAUGAUUGAUGUCAUGGAACUGGCGCCGGAUGCCUUGACAGUCGAUUAUGAUCCCAUCACGAACCGCGGCAUAGUGGGCGGCGCUUCCGAAAAACUGACCACCUUCAGCUAUCAACGACAAUCCAUGCAGCUGCAGCGCGGCUCCGAGCUGUGCAUCAAGAAUCCGGGCGUCAACUGUGUGCGCAUACGCUCCGAUCAGAAGGUCUUUGCCAGCGCUGGCUGGGACGGUCGCAUACGCAUUUUUUCGUGGAAGAGCCUGCGACCACUGGCCGUGCUGACGCAGCACAAACAAGGCGGCGUCAUGGAUCUCGCCUACUCCUCGGAACCUGUGUCCAUGUGGCGUGCCCCCAUUAUGGCCGCUGCUGGCAUGGACGCACAGAUCUCGCUCUGGGACUUAUACAACUAAACCCCUGACACAAAUGUGUAUUAGUUUCUAAGUGUUACAGUUUGAAUCAUACUUUGAAUCAUAUUUCUGCCAAGCAGCUGCACUGGCAGAGACUGACAAUUCAUGGGCAACUUUCUUUCAUUCAUAUUUAAAUAGUUAUCCCGUAAUACACAUGUAACCCUCUAAACUUUAUAGUGAAUUUUAAGUUUUAUAUUAUGACCAAAACCUACUUUAAAUCUGCCUCAAACAAUUUUGGUAUUUUUUAAGUGCUUAAAGAUUCCUAAGGACUGAAGACGCUUCAUUCGUGAUUUUUUGUUCAGAUUCAUUUGAGAUUUAUACUUAAUAUAUUUAGGAGAAAAAAAAUAUUUUUAAAGUUUGUCAUAUUUUAUCCGUGGGUUCGUUAAUGUUUUUUAUGAGACUAUUUCUAUUUCUUUCUUUCUAGGUUGUUAGCUUCAAGAUUUAUUUAAUGAAAUUCGGAGAUGUUUAUUUGAAUUCUUUCAGGCGAAAUGCAUACCAAAGAUUGACAUAUCCAGCAAAUUCUCUUGCUGCAGAUUCACAUUUAAACGAGACUUAAUUUUUUGUACUCCUGAAUUUGAUAAAAAUAAAACUGGAUUCAUGCAUAAGAAAUUAUUUCUAAUUCCAUCCGUAGAAACAAUCGAAAGCCUUUUGAACUUUACGACUUAUAAAAUAACUCCCAAACCAUUUAAGAUUUUCAUUUCGAACUAGAUUCAUUU